CACGACAAGCACGAUUCGCUCGUCCGUAUACAAAAGGCCAAGGCCCCCAGCGGUGUCACAUGAUGAACUAGGCCACUACACCCCGUUGACUUUCUGCAGCUACUUCACAUCACGCGAACCAAGAUCCAGCACAAGCCAAAGCGACGCCCGUGAUCCGGCGAAGGCGCAGAGCUGCGAGCCAUGGAGAUCGCCAGGGUGGACCUCCGCGGCGUGGUGCCCGGCGGGCCGGGGUGGGAGGCCGCCCGCGCGGCGGUGACGGCGUCCAUGGUGGCGCACGGCUGCGUCGUCGUCGUCGCGCACGACGCGCUCGACCCCGACCUCCGCCGGGCGCUGUUCGGCCGCGCCCUCCCGGAGCUCUUCGCGCUCCCGCUCGAGGUCAAGCAGCAGACGGUGUCGUCCAAGGGGAUGUUCAGAGGCUACAUCGGCCAGCGCCCCGGCAUGGACUGGGAGAGCCUCCGCGUCGGGGAGCCCACGAACGCCGACAACGUCCGCGAAUUCGCCGACUUCCUCUGGCCGGAGGGCAACCCGGAGUUCUGUGAGACGAUCGUGUCGUUCGCCAAGAACUUGCGGAAGCUGGAGGAGAUGGUGGAGACGCUGGUCCUGGAGGGCCUCGGCGCUCGGGGAGAGAGUGUAGCCGCCCACAUGGACAUGCUCGGCCAAGGCAUCCGGAUGUCGCACUACGGCGUGCCGCCGGACACGGAGACCAGCAUGUCCAUGCAGGCGCACUACGACGACAGCAUGGUCACCAUGAUCGUGCAGCACGAGGUGGAAGGGCUCGAGGUGCAUGUUGGGAACGGGCGCUGGGCCGCCGUCCCUCCCGAGCCCGGUACCUUCGCCUUCAUCGCCGGCGAGCAGUUGAGGGUCGUCACGAACGGGCGCGUGCCAGCGUGCCUCCACCGUGUGAGGACGCCAAGCAACCGCGAGCGGUUCUCGGUGCUGUUCGGCCGGCGGCAGAAGGACGGCGUCGCGGUACGCGCUUUGGAUGACCUUGUCGACGCCGAGCACCCCUUGGCGUACAACCCGCUGAAGCACGAAGAGUACUCCAAGUGGCGUUACUCGGAGGAAGGGUUAAAAUUGGAGGAUCCACUGAAAGCGUACUGCGGAGUGGAGAAGGAUGGAGCCACCACCGUGGUUUGAUCGCAGCUCGCAUGUCAGCCUGUCCAUCCGUUCCGAAGUCGCUAUCAUUAUGAAUGCCCUGUUGUUAUAUCCAGUUACCUAGAGUGACGUUUUAAUCGAGUUGCAUACUAGUACAGUUGAUCUAUUGAAACUUUGACCUUAAAUACCAGUUCACAAACUGAAAUUGAACAUUUACAGGUGGCGAGGGUAAUUUUAUUUGGCCUUUGAAGGUCUAUUUUGAUA